AUGCCUUCAGUAGUGGGGCUAUCAGAUGCUUGUAAUUAUUCUCGCAUCACUCUCGAUAAUGGCAAUGGACCAGAAUGUUAUCAACUCGCGGAUAUAACCCGUCAUAUUACAAAUGUUGAGACGAGCGCGAAAUUAGUUUUAAAAUACUUGGAAACAUUGGAUCUUCAGAGUUUGAGCGCAGAAGCCACCUCG